UGAGUAUUGACUGUUACCGGUCAGAAUGAAACUGCUAAUAGUCCUGUUUGUGCUUGUGAUUAGCAGCUUUGCUCAGGAACUCCCAUCCUUGCCUCACGGAUGUACAGAAGGAAGCUGUUACCCAGCAACCGGUAACCUCCUGAUUGGGCGGGCUCACAAUCUGACUGCCACCUCUACCUGCGGGGCAGAGGAGCCGAGUGACUAUUGUAUCGUCAGCCACCUCCAGGAGGUGGAGAAAUGUUUCCAGUGCGAUUCGAGAAGGCCUUAUCAUCCUUUCAGUAACCGAAAUAGUCACCGGGUAAAGAACGUGAUCUAUCUGACUGAUCAGAGGCAAGAAAGGACCUGGUGGCAAUCUGAGAAUGGUGAAGAAAAAGUCAGCAUCCAACUAAACUUAGAAGCCGAGUUCCACUUCACACACCUCAUCAUGAAAUUCAAGACUUUCCGUCCGGCUGCCAUGUACAUCGAGAGAUCAGCAGACUUUGGUCGGACAUGGAAGGUGUAUCGUUAUUUUGCUUUCAACUGUACAGUUUCCUUCCCUCAUAUCCCCACUGGCCCCCUAAGGAAAAUCGAUGACAUUAUUUGCGACCAUCGUUACUCUGACAUUGAGCCUUCUACGGACGGUGAGGUUAUUUACAAAGUGCUCGAUCCUGCCAUCAAAGUGGACGAUCCCUAUAGCCUGGAGAUUCAAGAUCUCCUGAGAAUUACUAAUUUAAAAAUACACUUCACCAAACUGCAUACUCUUGGAGAUAACCUGUUGGAUAGGCGAAUGGAAGUCCUACAGAAGUAUUACUACGCUAUGUAUGAGUUGGUGGUCCGUGGCAGUUGCUUCUGUUAUGGACAUGCUUCAGAGUGUUCUCCUGUAGCGGGGAUACAAGGAGGAGUGCUGGGAAUGAUUCACGGAAGGUGUACCUGUAAGCACAACACUAAAGGGUUAAACUGCGAGCAGUGCAAGGACUUCUACCAUGAGUUGCCAUGGAGACCAGCGGAGGUGGAUAACCCACACGCCUGUAAAGAGUGUAACUGUAACAACCACGCUACCAGUUGUCAUUUCGACAUGGCUGUGUACAUUGCCACGGGAAGCCUGAGUGGAGGUGUAUGUGAAGAUUGUCAACACAACACGAUGGGCAGGAACUGUGAGCUGUGUAAACCCUUUUAUUACCGCAAUCCCAGUGCAGACAUCCGCUCCGAGAACGCCUGUAUCCCGUGUGAUUGUGACCCUGUUGGCUCCUUGGAGGGUGGCAUUUGUGACAGCGAUACCGACCUGGACUUUGCCAUCAUCGGUGGGCAGUGCCGUUGCAAGGAGAAUGUGCGGAGUGCCCGUUGUGACCACUGCAAGGAGGGUUUCUAUGGUCUGAGCGUAGACAACCCACAGGGCUGUCAGGCCUGUAGGUGUGACCCCCGGGGGAUUAUAAUGAGUGAAGCUCCAUGUGACCAGAUCAGUGGGGACUGUUUUUGCAAGAGAUAUGUGACAGGACGUCAUUGUGACCUAUGUCUGCCAGAACACUGGGGACUCAGCAAUGACAUGGCAGGCUGCCGACAGUGUGAAUGUGACUUCGGAGGGUCUUACAAUAACAGGUGCUCCAUGGGGAAUGGACAGUGUGACUGUCGGCCCAACAUCAUCAGCAGGCAGUGCCAGGAGGUAGAGCCAGGCUUCUUCUGUAUGCCGCUUGAUUUCUACACGUAUGAGGCUGAGAAGGCAGAACCUCGUUCACCAACUGACCAUCUCCCUGUAAGUAAGGAACCCAUCAGGCUGUGCCACACUGUGCCAGGCUGUGCCAGCAUAAUCCAUCCAGUUGUUGCCCGGAAUUUGUAUGUCAUGGUUACAACACCUUUCUGCUUUGAGCCCAACAUCCAUUACGAGAUUAGCAUCAGAUACCAGCGGCUCCGGGCUCCUCGAUGGAACACAAACAGUUUCAUCUUGGUGGAUUCUCUGGUUCUGUUGCCCAAGUAUUCUGAGCUGCCAGGGUUUGAUGGCACGGAUCCGGUUGCAAUUCAUCACCGUGAGGAGAUGGUUCGGUACAUGUGCCUUGACUCCUUCAUGAUGGCCAGCAUGCCAAUGUUGGCGGAAAUGUGUGUCAGGCUGAUCUGCAGCAUCUCAGCUAUUAUGCAUGAUGGGGCUCUCUCUUGCCAGUGCGACCCACAAGGUUCCACCAGCUCCGUGUGUGAGAAGAUCGGAGGACAGUGUCAGUGUAAGAGCAAUGUGAUUGGCCAGCGCUGUGACCAGUGUGCUCCUGACUACUAUGGCUUUGGACCCAAUGGCUGCUCUCCUUGUAGUUGUAGCCCUGAAGGAUCGAUCCACAGCAUGUGUGACCAGACCACCGGUCAAUGUCAGUGCCGAUCAGGGGCAAGGGGUCGCCAGUGUGACGAGUGUUACCCACAACAUUGGGGCUUUCCAAAUUGCCAUCCGUGCCAAUGCAAUGGUCACUCCGAGGAGUGCGACUCCCAAACAGGGGCUUGUGUGAACUGUAGGGACAACACAUGCGGACACCACUGUGAGAGAUGUUCUGAUGGUUACUAUGGAAACCCAGUUUUGGGGUCUGGAGAACAGUGCCGCCCCUGCCCAUGUCCAGAUUAUCCAGGAGGUGACAACUACCAUAGCAGCUCGUGUCACGCUGACCUUGACUCAAAUCAGAUUGUGUGCUACUGUAAAGCAGGCUACGCAGGAUCUCGCUGUGACAUGUGUUCACCUGGUUACUAUGGUAACCCUGAGGUGCCCGGAGGGAGGUGUUGGCCCUGUCAGUGCAACAAUAACAUCGACGUGACUGAUCCAGGUUCCUGUCACCCACGCACGGGCCAGUGCUUGAAGUGUCUGUACAACACGGAUGGAGGUCACUGCGAAGCCUGCAAGGCCGGUUACUAUGGCAAUCCCCUCCAGCAGGACUGCAGGCGCUGUACGUGUAACAUUCAGGGUACACUGGAGCGCCAGUGUAACCCCAGAGAUAUCUGUCACUGUGACAGAAUUAGCGGACACUGUCCCUGCAGGGAGAACGUCAUCGGAAUAAACUGUGACCAGUGCGAACCCAAUUACUGGAACUUUGGCAGUUUACAAGGCUGUGAGCCCUGUGGGUGCAAUCCGGAACAUUCUCACACACCGCUCUGCAACAUGUUCACAGGUCAGUGUGAGUGUCGUCCAGGAUUUGGAGGUCGGACCUGCUCAGAAUGCCGGGAAGGUUACUGGGGAAACCCCGGGCUGUCAUGUCAGGCUUGUGUCUGUGAUCCAGACGGUUCGGAGACACAUCAGUGCAACCGUUCUACAGGUUUCUGCUUCUGCAAAGAGGGUUUCACAGGCUCACAGUGUGACCAGUGUAACCGUGGUUACCACGGGCGGUUCCCAAGCUGCACUCGCUGUCACGCCUGCUUCGAUUUGUGGGAUGAGGAAAUUAGGCGUCUGGGGGAGCUGCUGCGUUCCCUCAAGGCGACAGUGCAUCGGAUUACAAUGUCUGGGGUGAGCGGGGGAUCAAACCGCCAGCUGCAGGAGCUGGAGGAGAAGUUGAAGAACGUCCAGGAGUUGGUGCGAGGACAUCCUCUCGUCAGUCAGGAGUUGCUGGAACAGCUAAGUGAUCUCGUCGACAGCCUCAGGCAGGAGAUGGAGCAACUGUCUCAGAGGAUGGACACGUUAGUGGAAGAUACAUCAAGGACACAGGCAGCAAACAGCAAAGCAGAAAGAGAUAUAAAACAACUGGAGGAGGAAACUGCGAAUCUGAACAAGUCGCUUAUCCUGAAAGCAAAGGAGCUAGAGAAAUUUAUAACCUCAAAUUUUAAAGAGUUCUAUGAUUCAAUCCUCAAGUACUAUCAGGAGUCCUGUGAGGCAGAGAAGGUGGUGAAUGGGUCGGUAUCUGGCCCACACAGCCUGGUGGAACAGUCAGAGGGCACAAGGCAAGAAACCGAGAGGCUUCUGCAGCAGCAGGAAAACACCUUCAGAAAGUCAACAGCUGCUCACAGGAAACAGCUGAAGGAUUUGGAGGGUAAAGUCCAGGAGCUGACAGUGGAAAGCAUCAAUGAGAAGGUGUGCGGGUCGUCCAGUGGGCAGGACUGUGCCAGUGACCCGUGCGGAGGUGCCAACUGCCGAGACAGCUCGGGGAGUCGCUGGUGUGGAGGAGAGCACUGCGCUGGGGCUCUCAGUCAGUCAGCAGAGGCGCUGCGUACAGCGACCAACACAACCAUCGCACUCCAGGACACUCAGCACCAACUCGAUGCUGUCUCUAAAAAGAUCGAAGAGAUACAAGGCCAAGCAGAAAAUGCAAAAUCCCAGGCAGCCAAAACACUGAAGAGGGCAAUAGAGGCAAAAAACCUCAUCAACAACACAGUGGCUGAACUGUGCAAAUUCAUCAAGACAGUGAAAGACUUUCUCAACGAGGAAGGUGCGGACCCAGAAAGCAUCGACCUGCUCGCCAACCUGGUCCUGAACAUCUCCUUCCCUGUCAGCUCGCUGGACAUUCGGAAGAUUGUGCAGGAAAUUAAAGACACCAUGGGGCGUGUCAAGGAUGUCGACACAAUCCUCAACGACACAGCCCGGAAUCUGCAGCUCGCUCAGCAACUGGCGAAACAGGCGGAGAAAGUGAAGAAUCGAGCCACUGAGGUGAAAGGUAAUGUAGCUGAGGCAAAGCGCAGCAUUGACGCUGUCAAAUCCAAACUGGAUGUCGUUGAGAAAUCCCUGCAAAAGGCCAAAAAUAUCACAUCAACUGCUGAGGAUUCUAUUGGGAAGGCCAACGAGCUGCUGGACGUCAUUAAGAGUCGACUGAAGGAACUGAUGGACCGAUUCAAAAUCCUGUCUACUGGAGUUCAGAUCUUGGAAAAUAAAACCAUUGCCAACAGGAAGAAGGCGCAGGAUUUGGAGAGCGAAGUUAAUGCCAUCCAAAACAGGACAGAACAACUGCAGAACAACGACAUGAAGAACGUGGAGAGGCUUUACAAGGAGCUGAAAGACAAAAUUGGCUCGUUGGGUAAUGGCACUGAGAAUGGCAAUGAAAGAGUGAAAAAAAUCAAAGAGGAUGCAGAGAAACUGAGAAACAAGGCAACAAACAGCCUGGCGAGGCUGAACGCUCUGGAAAAGAAGUUUAACAAGAAUAAGCGCACGAUGACAGAAAAGUUAGACACGCUGCAGGGACUGGAGAGGAAUGUGACAGAUCUGCUGGAGUACAUUCGGGAGAGGUCGCAGUACUACGGCUCCUGCUCGUAACCGGGGCUGCUGCAGCCUGUCUGUGAAUUCUCCUGUCCUCUGUUUCUGUGUCUGUUUUUGCUCCUGUUUUCUAUUUGGCAGCUGCUGUGACUGCUGUUUGUGGUGCGUUAGCUUCAGUCCCUCCUCCCUGCUCUUGAAAUGAAUGGCUGGACUCUACCCUCUCCCUGUCUCCCCAACCUAACGCUGGUGAAAGUGCACAUCAGUCAGCUAUUGGACAGCAGAAGGCAUCAUAGCUGAUUUCUUUGAAGCUUACAGCUGAAAACUUUA